AUGACAUCAACAGCAGGCUACAACAGUUCUCAAGAGGUCAAGGUGACUAAGGUGUUUAGAAAAGCUUUAAAUACAUAUCUAUUACCACUGAUACUGACACCAUCAUCUCCUGGACAAUGGCGAUCCUAUUCAGCCCUGUCUCCUCAUCAAGAAAAACUUAGUCAUUUAGCCGACUUUUAUCGAGCACUAGCAACACAAGAUAUUGAUCGUAUUUGGCCUUUAUAUACCUACCUUUAUCACAACGAUAUGUUGUCUUAUUUGACCAAAAGGAAUUAUUACCAACUCUUUACUUAUACAGUACGAUCCCGUGCCUGUCAAAAAAACUUGCAUCGCUUAUUGGCUAUUGUGGAUGAUAUGCGCAUGAAGGGUUAUGGACUGCGUGUUGGGGAAUACAAUGCUGUCAUUCAUUGGGUGGGUGGUAAGACAGUGCCUACUUUACACACGCGUCAUUUGAUCGAUGCAUUGACAUGGUUUGAGGAUAUGCAGAAGUCGAGCUGGCGAGAUGAAAAGAGUGGACAAGAACAACACCAAGAUCCUGUUCAACCCACAAUUGUCACGUUUAACUCAUUGAUUCAUAUUGCUGCCGAAUUGUCUGAUUUACGUACAGCUCAAAAACUGUAUCAUGACAUGAUGUCGCGUGGAAUUGAACCGGAUCGAAUGACCUAUGCUACUCUGCUUCAUGCAAUGAGUCGAAUAGGUGAUGUGGAAGGUAUGGAUUCUAUGCUCAAGGAUCUCCGACAAAAGCGAUUGCAUCAUGUGAUUAGUAGCACUUUGAUUUGGAAUGUGCUGAUGACAGGCUAUGCUACCCAUGGACACAAGAAGAAGGCGUACGAUAUGUUUAACCAAAUGCUUCAAAUGACCAGCAAUAAAACAAGGAGAAAAAAAAGACGAUCGAUACCUACAGUUGAUGCCGAAAGCUUCAAGAUCUGUAUUGAUCUGAUGCUGCAGGACAACCGACAAGCCAAAGCCAUUCAACUCUUGUUUCGAAUGAAAGAGUACAAUAUUCAACCCAUUGUGACUAUUUACAACACACUCUUUGCUUCUUUUAAGCAGCCACAAGACUUGGCCUUACUGAAAAGUGUCUAUCAACACAUGAAAGAGACUCAAGUCAAGCCGAAUUCGGACACCAUGUAUUUGUAG